UAAAUUUUAAUUAUUAUGCUUAAAAAUAGUCAAACUUUAAGAAGAAAACAGUGUGGGAGGAGAAAAGAAUAAAGAAGCAAGAACAUUUAUUAUUAGAAUCAGUUCUUUGCCCCCUUCUUGUUUCCUACUUCUUGUUUCGCCCAGUGAGGGAAGGGGGGGGGGGGAGAGAGAGAGAGAGAGAGGGAGCGGAGGCGGAGAGAUGUCGGGAUCUGCGGCGAUGGAGGCGGAGCCGGCGGCGGCUGCGGCGCAGGCGGCGGCGGGGGGGAAGGUGGUGGCAGCGAGGUCGUCGAUCUGGGAGUCGAUCAAGGGGUGCGGUCUCGCUGGGAUGAGGAUAGACAAGGAGGAACUGAGGCGGAUGAUCUUGAUGCCAGAGUACCUUCGGGUGGCCAUGGCUUUGGCGGUCCGGAGCAAGGACUGGAACGCCGCCGUGACGACGGCGAACCGGAAUAGCGACGACCAGGCGGCACCGGAGGCGCCUUUGGUGGUGUUCGUGAACUCCCGCAGCGGGGGACGCCACGGCCCGACCCUCAAGAUCCGGCUUCAACAGCUCAUGGCCGAGGAACAGGUCUUUGAUCUUUCAGAUGUGAAGCCUUCUGAUUUUGUGCAGUAUGGUCUGACUUGCUUGGAGAAGUUGGCUGAUCUUGGUGACAGUUGUGCAAAGGCCACUCGUGCAAAGCUGAGGGUUAUAGUUGCAGGAGGCGAUGGUACGGUUGGUUGGGUAUUAGGAGCUCUUGCAGAACUUUUUGUGCACAAAAGAGAACCAAUUCCUCCAACUGGAAUCAUUCCACUUGGAACGGGCAAUGAUCUUGCAAGAAGUUUUGAUUGGGGUGGUUCAUUUCCAUUUGCGUGGCGAUCGGCAGUUAAAACUACUCUCUACAAGUCAAUCACUGGCCCUGUUUGCCGCCUCGAUAGUUGGCAUGUUGUGGCUGUGACGCCAGAUGGAGAAUCAAUAGAACUACCACAUUCUCUUAGGCGAAUGGAAAAAUUUGCUUUUGGUCAGGAUCAGUUGUUGCAGGAUGUGGACAUUGAUGGGGAGUUGCCAGAAAAGAUUUCUUGCUAUGAGGGAGUCUACUAUAACUAUUUUAGCAUUGGAAUGGAUGCUCAAGUAGCACAUGGUUUCCACCAGCUACGUAAUAAAAAACCAUACCUUGCACAAGGUCCAAUUGCGAAUAAGUUGAUUUACUCCAGCUAUAGCUGUACCCAGGGGUGGUUCUGUACACCAUGUGUGAAUGAUCCAGGCUUAAGGGGUCUCAAGAACAUUUUACGACUUUACAUUAAAAGGGCCAAUUGUGCAGAUUGGGAGCAGAUUCUGGUUCCCUCAAGUGUCAGGGCAAUUGUGGCUUUAAAUCUUCAAAACUAUGCAAGUGGAAGACAUCCAUGGGGCCGACCUGACCCUGAAUAUCUCGAGAAGAGAGGCUUUGUUGAGGCUCAUGCAGAUGAUGGUCUACUUGAAAUAUUUGGAAUAAAGCAAGGUUGGCAUGCUUCGUUUGUUAUGACUGAACUCAUUUCUGCCAAGCACAUUGCUCAGGCUGCUGCAAUUAAGAUGGAAAUCAGAGGUGGCCAGUGGAAACAGGCCUAUCUGCAAAUGGAUGGGGAGCCAUGGAAACAGCCAAUUCUGAAAGACUUCUCAACUUAUGUGGUGAUUAGGAGGGUUCCUUUUCAGUCGCUUAUGAUAAGUGGAAAGUAAUACCUAGAGGAAGAUCAUUUCAUGCGACCAUGAAACAGCGUGCAGUUCUGCAAGCUGUAAUCCUGUCUUAAGUCACUACCAGGAACAAUUGCCUUAGGAGAGUGCUGAUUCUGACCGCUUAAAGUUGAUAUAAGUUCAGCUAUCAUCUCAUCAUGUAUAUGGGCUCAUCGAGUCAUGUACAGCAUUCUAAUGUCAUUGAUUGGUUCUUCUUCCUAAACUUCACCUAUGGUUGAACAGGAUCUUCGGAUGUUUCAUCUUUAUGCCAUGUUUGUUUCACAAAUGCAAGUGAUAUCUGCAAUGUGAUAACGUUAGCUUUAUAGUGCCAAUAAGCUUCUUGUGAUUUGGUAGGUGUCUGGUCUGAAUAUGAAAGCUUAGAUUUAAGGAAUGGAAAUCAUUUUAAAGCAA